GAAUAAUCCACUUGACAGGAAACGGCCAGGAGCUUUCAGUUCAGCCGCUUGAUAUAUCACAAGCCACCAGGCGGUCCCCAUGUGAAAUUUGAGUUUGUGCCAUUCCAAAUCGUUUUGAGUGCUGAGGUCAUCCCAGCUGCCGAGGUCAAUUUCCAAAUUCAGGGGACCUUUUGCACCCUUGAUCGCAUUAACCUCACUCCUGCGAUUGCGGCAUCCCCGUCGCAAUUGUACGCAUCGAGACUCUAUUGGUAAAUAUCCGCUUCAAAAUUUGAGAAAGCUGUUCUUUGCCGUUCCAUGCGCGUGAUUUGCAACCGCCAGGCACUCCGUUUGUAGUGAGGCGCAGCUUUGUUCACACCACCUCCCAAUUACUAAGUGCCAUGCCAAGAAUCGUCCCAUCACCAUUGCGCUUUCUCAAAUACGGCCUUCCAAAACAACCUUACCAUCACCAGCAACCACUUAGAGCUUUAUUCAGACCAACCCACCAAUACCAAUCUCUCAGACAUCAGUCUCAAGGCCCGCGCCAGUCUCGCGCCGGUUACAACUACAACUACGACCACAACUCUUACCGUCAAUACAGGCCUCCAAAUCGCUGGUCUAUCAAAAGACAUAUCGGCAAAGGCUACUUGGAAGCUCUCAUCCUCAUCUUCUUCCUCUACAAGUACAAGUACCCCAAAGCAAUCAUGUCCUCCUCCCUCAUUCCCGACAACCCCGACGAGGUAAUGGUCAUCCGCGACCUCACCCCCAACGUCGCCAUCUUUUCUGUACCCUUCUCCCGUUUUGGUAAAAUCCCCAUCGGCGGCCGCGGCACCGCUGUCCGCCUCACCUCUGGCUCCAUCGCAGUCUUCUCCCCCGUCGCGCUGACGGAAGCCACCAAAGCCAAGAUCGCUUCCUGGGGAGGUCAAGUCAAGUACCUGGUCGCGACGGACAUUGAACACCACAUCUUCCUCUCGGAAUGGAAAAAAGCCUACCCCGCUGCGAAAUUAAUCGGCCCAGAAGGUCUCCCCGAAAAGCGCCUCAAGGUGAAGAACGACCCUAAAAUCGGCCACGAACCGUUUGAUGUUGUCAUUGGCAAAAACACACCCAGGCCGUACUCGGUAGAUGCCGAGUUCGACAAAGACUUCGAGGUGGAGUAUAUCGCCUCCCACCCCAACAAGGAAGUGGUGUUCUUGUAUAAACCGGACAAGGUGCUCAUCGAGGCGGAUUUGUUGUUUAAUUUGCCUGCGACGGAGCAGUACUCCAAGGUACCGGAGGAAAAGAAGCCGAAGCCGGGAUUGUUGGGGGGAUGGUUUAUGGGGAUGAACAGUACGGAGGGAGAGGCGAAGGGGAUGAAGAGGUUUUUGUGGUGGGUUGUGAGCAGGGCGGAUAGGGAGGGGUUCAAUGAGAUUGUGGGGAGGAUGUAUAGGGAUUGGGAUUUUGAGGUGAUUGUGCCCUGUCAUGGGGAGGUUAUUGAAAAGGGGGCGAAGGAGGUCUGGGGGAGGGUGUUUGAGUGGCAUUUGGAGGGGAAGAAGUGAGUGCUUUUCUUGCUGUCUUUUGGUAAAUAGUGGUUGUUAAUAUGGAGGGGUUUUUCUUUGCAGGGGGUCAUGUUUGUAAGAUAGGUGGCUAAUGGCCGUGAUUAGGAAGAGCCUUUUGUGUUUUUGAUGGGAUAAUGGGCGAUUGAUUGUUUGUUAACACACCUGGAAUUGGGCAUUUAAUGGGAAUGCUGUGUGGUUGCGAAACCUCGACAUUGGGCAAGUGUGACAAUCCGUCUUUGAGGAUAUGUUGGCUAGUGAGUUGAUCGUCUGAGACAUUGAUGCAGGUACCGUCAUCUUGCCACUCGGGUGUUGUACCCUGACUGGUGACAUAUCAGAUCUCAAAAAUACAGCGGCAACUAAAGCAUCAUUGAUAGGCUUGGGCUUACCAGGCUACGAAAAAGGGUUGGCUGAUGUCAGGCUUGGUUUUCGCGGUUCUGUCCUUGUUGUGGACUUUCUGGAUCACUGUUGCAGUUGUUGUGACAACCUGGCCCAUCUGCGGUCUCGCAGUUACUACAGUUUUUGCUGUUGGGCCUAGGGUGGUCCUUAUCCAUAUUGCCGUCGUCCUGGCGAUGGCCAGCCCUGCCCCUGACCAGGGCACCCGCUUCUCCGGUUGUCCUGCCGGUCCUGCAGCCAGGACCGGUGUUGGCAUUGCUACUGCCACCCUUGCUGCCGUCGCCGCGGCAACUCGCCGUUCCUGGGUUACGCAACCCAAUUCUAGCUCCGUAGUCUCCAUCACAUCUAGUCAACCCGGAACUUCUAGUUAACACGGCAUUUCUGGUCAACCCGA